AUGGUCGUCCCGGCUCCCUCUCCCCUGCGCUACACCACGGACGCGGAGGGGUCUGCCUCGUACGUUGCGCCCCGUGAGGUCAAGGAAACUCAGUCCGAGACCCCGACGCGCGCCCUCGUUCCCGUCUCAUUCAACAUCUACUCGCAGAGGAUCUAUAGGCCCGGAUACCCCAGCGACCUUCCAUCCAUCGAGGCCGCUUCCCGCACAAUGCUCAUCAAGUCGAACGCCGAGACGCGAGAUCUCGGCCACCUCUGGUACGCCAGGAAGAAGUUCUCGUACGGACGGAGGGGCACAAAGCAGUACCUCAGCUACUGCUACGCAAAGGACCAGCGCAGAAUGGCGCACGCACAGUUCUGCUACGUGCAAUACAUGAAGCAUGGGGAGGUCGACGAGGACGAACGGCGGGGGAUGCGUGAUCAUUGGGAAAAGGAUGUACCGCGCUUGCGCGGCGACUGGGUAUACGUGCGGCGGAUUGUCUUGCGCUUCCUCCUCGCGCGGGUAAUGAGGACGUGGAAGGCAAGGCUUGUUAAGGUGCGCGCCGGUAAAGGCCAGCAGUUGUCGAUCAGAUCCACAAUCCCAGACAUUCUGUAGCAUUACAUCUCAACUUUUUUCCGCACAUAUUAUGGCGCACUCGGGUAGUGUAGCUUCAUCCUAGGCAGCCCGUCGUAGAGGCAUUAGAUAUUUUACUUAUGUAUGGAUCCUGCAUAUGAUUGGGCUUCGUCGCCCUCAUUCACGC